ACAAGACAAAAACUCCCACGGUUUAUAAAGGUUGGAACGUACACACACGUACACAGAGCGCAUCUCCACUUAUAACGUACUACCUGUGUCGGUGCUAUACUCCAUACUGUUCGUGAAAUUCUAUUUUUUAUAAAGUUAGUUCCUGAAAAAUAUUGCCGCCAUGGCGUUACGAGUCGUUCUCCUUCUGGCUGCAGUAAUGUUAUUUGAAGACACAUGUGCUGCACCUGCUAACGAAGCCUCAGGCUCCGCAAAAUCUGCUGCAGAAUCUCAAAUUCUAAACGACGACAAAGAUGACUUAAAAACUGCUGCGAGUAGUGGAUAUGCAGCUGAUCGGUAUUCUGACUGGAGUCGAUACCCAAGUGCUCAAGGGGUAACAGGGUACGGCUCCAUAGACAGCAGGUACAACUACGGAGCAUACGGAGGCUAUGAUAGCCCAUAUGGCUACAAUGGUUAUGACAGCGAGUAUCCACGAUACGGUGGCUACUCCGGUAAUUCUGGCUACGGCGGCUAUGCCGGGAACGCAGGAUACGGCAGCUACGGCGCAACCUCUGGCUAUGGAGGCUACAAGGGAGGUUAUGGAGGAUACGGUGGUUACGCCGGCAAUGGCGGACUCAACUCAUACUACGGCUACAGCAAUCCAUCUUACCAAGGAGCAAACCACUUAGGAUACGGCUAUUAUAGAAGACCCGGCUACGGUGGUAGCAUUUACAAUAGCGGCAUUACCCCAAGUUUAGUUACAGGGUACAGAGGUUAUUCUAAAUAAUGAGGCUAUGUUCAAAAUAUACAUCUAUUUAUUCUCAAUGUAAGUUACCAAAGUACAUCCAAAGUUUAUAAUUUAAGUAUCUGUCUCAUUUCCUGCUGUACGUUUAUAAUCCACAUCUACAAUAAAUCAUGUUCAUGACAA